UGUGGCCACGCGGAACUGCAGUACUCUCCCCGCCAUGGUUCUUCUGCGGCGUUCGAGUCUUUUUAGUGCGGUGGUGAUGGCCGCCAGUCUCAGUUUGACUUGGGCCACGUCUCAGGAAGACGCGUCGUCUUCCACGCCACCACGUACGGCCGAAGACGUUUCUACAACUGGCGCUUCCUCGGGGGGCGGAGCUGACUCCAAUGACAUUGAGGAUGCAGGAGCGCGACUGGUCGUCAUCCCCUUUUCCCUCACCGCCAGUGGGCGGCGCGGCGUCCCCAGAAUGAUGUGGUCCUCUUCGCCUCUCCUCCACGCUCUUUCGCCUGGUCUGACAACGGAGCCUGAAAGCUCUGUGGACGUCGAACCGCUGUCUUGGGAAUCGCCGACGUGGUCGGCAGCGGCGCUGUACAGGGAUCUCAUGGAACGCGCUGCGCGAGCCAGGGGUCUGGAAGAGGAGGCCAGCGAUGACGCAACGCCUUGGUCGCCGGAAGAACUCUGGUUAGCUCAUCGUGACAGCGAAGCCGAAGUCGGCACUUACGACGAUGAUGGCGACGACGAAGAGGCGAGUUCCACGGAAGAAGAGGCAGCAGGUUUGAAAGACUACGAUGAAGCCGAGGACCCCGCUGAAGAGAGUAUGCAGACGGCGGAAAACAUCGUCUUCAGGCCCUUGUUCCGCUACAAGGCGCAGCAGGCUUCGAGACGCCGCAGCUACACGUCCAAGUCAAAGUCAUCGCGCCGGAAAUACCGCCCCCGCCGCCGUCACUACCCGUCUCGGAAGUACCGGCCCUACUACAACUACAACUACUACUAUCCGUACAACUACUACAGACAGUACAGUCCGUCACACGUAUGAAACACAGGCACACUUGAGAAUGCCACCUCUCGAUCUGUUCAACACCAUACUGUUGCCACAGAUACAUAUUCACUUUCGUAUGAACGGAGUGAUAUAUCCCGUCAUACAGGCCAUAAGCAAAGGCUGCACACCUGCUUCGCAUCAUGUGCACCAACAACAGUGUUACAGUGCUGAUGUAAGAGACAUAACUUAUAUGGACUCUAUUAUAUGUUUAUUUAUUUUUUAAUAUUUAUUGUAUUACAAUAAUGCUCCACUAUUACAAUGAAUAAGAGUUGAUGAAGAGAACUGAUAAAGUAACAAUUAUUGUGAUGAAGUUUAAUUAAUUAUGGACUGUCAGAAAUACGUUACAGCUAUGUUAAAAACCUCAUGAAAAUAUUGAAAAAUUUUUUACAGCGAAAAAUGAAGGAAGCUCUAUAGUUGACAAUCAAUUGUCUUUUAAGCGCACUACUCUUAAUCAUUAUUUAUUUAUUGCUACUUUAUUGUAUUUUUGUGAAUUCAUUUUUAAAUGUUAUUUAUUUAUAAUAACAAUUUGUACGCGUUGACGUGUGUAGUUCAGCAUUAAAUUGC